UUUUUUUUUUUAAAAAACAGAAAAUUUUGCCAAUAAAAAUAAUUUCUUUUCUUCUUCAAAGUCAAAAAUGUUUAUGCAACAUAAUAGGACAAGAAGGUCAAAAAGGAAUGAAAAUGAUGUUCAGAAUUCAGCUAUUUUAAACAAAGGAAACAAAGAAUUUGGUCCUUCUAGUGCAAAGAAUUUAGCUGAACAUUCAAAUAGAACUAAUGAGAAUCUUGCUUUGAAAAUAAAAUCAAGUAACCAAAAAGUCUCUCUCAAUAAGAAUAUUAAUGAAAAAUCAAAGUUAAAAGAGAAUUCGAACAUUCCACUUAAAAGAUCUAAAUCAACUAUUAAUUCCAUUCAUCAGCCAGAAGCUAAAAAACAAAACAUACAAGGCAUUGAGCGUACAUAUCGUCAUCAUGAAGAAGAAUUGGAAUGGGCUCCAGCUGGCCUUGACAUGGAUUUUAGUCCAUUUGAUAGUAAAAUUAAUGAAUCAAGCUACUUUGCUAAGGAACACAUGUUACAAGAUGAUUAUGAAGAAGAUAUUGAACAAGCAUUUGAAACAGAAGAGCCUACUAAUUUUAUUAAGCCUAUCGAAACUACAGUACAAGAAAUAAAAAAAGAAGAAGAAGAAGAUAUGUCUAGAGUCGAAUAUGGACCUCCUAGAGAAGAAGAACUCCCUUAUUUACCUGAUGAAAGUUGCAUUAUUGAUGUAUCCAAUUUCGAUCCUUAUGUUGAUUUAUCUGCUUAUGAAUUAAUGCGUUUAUUCAAUCAAGAUUUAGAAUUUACAUUAUAUGAAGAUCAAGAUGUGCUUGAUCAAAUUGCUAUUGCUUGUAUUGAUGAUGAUAAUCUGGGUUAGUUCUACAAUGUAUAGUUGCAUACAUACGUGUACUUAUGUAUUUGUUUAUUAGAAUUUCCUUAUGAAAUUAAUGAAGAAGAUGUUGAUACUAAAGAAGACUUUACUUGUAUUCCAUUCCAAGAUCAUAAGUUUGAUGUUGAUUAUUUCAUUCGAUGUAAUUAAGCCAGUCUUUACACUACAUAUUUUAUGCGUAGUCACUUUCUCUUUUUUUUUAUUAUUAUUAUUGAAAUUAUGUUAAAUGGGUAAGUGUGUGUAUAUUUCCACUACCUUUUCUUUAUUGUAUAUUUUC